AUGGGAUGUUAUGCUGAUUACAUCUAUCGAAAUUCGAAACUUCUCACAUUUCUUUGGAAAGUUUUUAAUAGGUCAUGCGAAAUUAUUGGCUUUCAGCUUUAUGACAAUGGAAUUUUUAUAUCUGGUCCUUGUAUUUUAAUAAACAUAUUCCACAUUCUUAUCCUCACUCGAAAACCAUUAAGGAACUCUCCAAUUUACGUAAUAAUGACUGCAAUUGCCCUAAUUGAUAUCUGCUCAGUGCUAUUUGAUGUCCAUCGGGAGGUUGUGAAUCUUUUCAAGAUUUUGAACAUUUGCUAUUCUAAGGAGACAGAUUAUAAAAUAAUAUGGCUCGAGAUUUUUAUGGAUUGCUUUAGAAACUUCACCAGAAGAUGUUCAACUUGGCUCAGUUUCAGUAUCACUCUUAUCAGAACUUUUAUUGUAAGAAAUCCAUUGAACCCGAGAUUUGGGAUAUUUUCAAAGCCAAAAAUUGCAUAUCUUUUUAUAACCGGUGUUUUAGUCUUAUGUGCUCCAAUUCAUAUUUUCGAUUUGUACAAGUUUAAAAUAGUUUUGGACAACAAAAACUACAAAUUUACACAGUAUCCAGAAACAAAUAUUAUUUUUUAUUCAUGGGAAACAACGGAAUUAUUUUGGGAUCAUGAUGACGCAGUUUACACUAUGCACAAGCUUCUUGAUGGAUUGAUUUCAAAGGUGAGAUCCUUUCUUUUGAAUUGGCCAUGGUAUUAUCCCGUGUGUUUUGUACCAAUUGCUACGAUUCUACUGGUUCAAGGGAUUCGAAAAGCUGGUAGGCAACGAAAGAAAAUGGUCUCAUCUUCAAGCACAGCAAAUUCAAAAGACGCUUCGAAGUUGGUAUUAGCUACAACGUUGACGUUUUUUUUCGCUGAACUUCCUUUGGGUAUAAUUUACAUGCUGGACCCGUUUGCAGGAUUCAAGAUGAAGGGAUUUGAUAUGCAGGUAGUUCUGUCCACUUUAUUUCAAUUAUUCUCUAUUAUUCUUACUGUCACCACUGCCACCCAUAUGAUCAUUUGCCUUCUAAUCUCCACCGAAUAUCGAAAAACUUGUCUUGUUAUCAUCAGAUGUGGAUACGUUCCAAAAACCAAAAAACAGACACAAUUUGUGGCGCUGAAUACGAAAACUUGA